AUGCCCAGAAAGUUCGAGGUGAAAGCUACUCCUCGUAGUGAUACCGCCACUACUGCAACGACAUGUACCAGCUUCAUGAACCUACUUGCUACAGGAGCCUAUGAUGGUGAUGAUGGAAUUGCUCUACCAAAACACUCAGUGGCCUUCCGAAUCGUAUCGAACAGAGUUAUCGAAGGCCAUGAUAGCGGACGAGUGAAGGUGCCGGUCAGCGGUCGCGAGGUACCCCUCACAAAGUGCGAGUUUGAGAUAUCAGUCACUGGCAAGGUUAUGAAAGAUGCCCAUGCGGUGUGGGAUGGUUGUGAAUGGAGCCCGGCGGAUUUUACUGCAGAUGAAGACUAUUGCAAUGUUAAUGGCGAUGCUGAGUCGGCGGUAGAACUACAGUUUGACCAAGGGAUUGUUAUGCUGGAGUAUGCUAGUGUCCUACAAGUGCUCAACAGGAUAGCUUUUGUACAUCAUGUUCUGGAUAAGGCUGGAGACAUUGGCCCACAACUAAACACCGCGAUAGCCCUACUGGAGGCGCUCUCUCUGGGAAAGUGCAGGAGCUUCCCUAUCUACUAUAAUGGUCCUUAUCUCGCUCGUCUCCAUGUGGCCGCUCGUCAUGUCGUUCAUGAUGGUCCUUGGGCCCGUCGCCUAUCGAAUGAACUCCGUGCGCGCUGUGCUUGCUUAUUAGCAUGCAAUCUGAGGCAGAUAGUCCCAGAUGAUAGCAGAUGUCCCUGCACUGUUGAUGGGAUGAUUGACCAAGUUGGAAGGUCGACUCGUGGACUAUCUUCUGGUGAUUUGACAGUGAAUGAGAGACGACUGCUGGAUAUUGUCGAGAGGCCAUUUUAA